AUUUUUUUUUCCAAUGCAUUCAAGAAAAAACAAUGCCAGAAAAGAGGCUUGUGAACCAAAGCUGAGACUUUGUUUCUAACUACCCUGUUUUUGGUUAUGUUCUAUUACAAGAUCAGUAUCAAGCUAGAUUUCCUCUUUCUGCUGCUAUUCAACUGACAGAGCAUAAAAAGGACACCACUUCCUCCCUGAGGACAGAAAAUCACGAUAGUUUUAGCUGAAAGUAUUUUGAGUUAUAUCUGGCUAGGAGUCACAUUCUGGCAUAGCCAAGAGAUUUAAGAAGGGAGAAAGAAGGAAGAUGUCAGAAAAUAUCAUGUAUGCUGACCUGAACUUUCCUGCAGUAGCGGGGUUGGGUUCAAGGCUGCCAAAGGACAAUGACACUCAGGCAGGUCCUGUAUAUGCAGAAGUGAAAUUGAAACCCCUGGACACAAGCAGCUUAAAUACCUGUGCAGCACCUGGUCUCAUGAGCCAAGAAGUAAAUACAUCUACCAAAGAACCAAGUCAGCAUAAGCCAGGUGGGAGGCAUUGCUCCAGGGUCUGUGCCCUUGCAGUGGGAGCUGUGACAAUCCUCCUCCUGGUUACAGGUGUGACGCUGAUAGUUGUAUAUCUCUCAAUGGCACAUGACCCGUCAGAGCUACAAACAGUUUCCAAAACCACCAAAGGCUGCCCCUUCGGCUGGACAGAAAACAGAAAGAGUUGCUACUUCUUUUCUGGAGAUAGGGACAAAAAGAGCUGGAAUGCCAGCAUGGAGGAAUGUAACAAGAAUGGCUCCAAACUUGUAAUUAUCAACAGCAAAGAUGAACUGGACUUUCUCAAAGGAAUGUCAGAGGGUGGCUACUAUUUCCUUGGCCUGACAUACUCCAACACCAAAGGGAAAUGGAAUUGGAUAGAUGACACAGAGCUCAAUACAGACAUAUUCAACAUAGCGCAGAAGUACUCUGACUAUUGCUGUGCUGUUGUGGGACACAACAAGGUAGCGAGUGCUAAUUGCAAUGGAUCCUCAUCAAGCAACUAUAUGUGUGAGAAACCUAUGGAAUAAUCCAGAUGUUCCAGGAAGGGGAAUAUCCCCAGACAAAGGGAAAACUCACAAGGACUUCCCCCAGACACAUUCACUAAUAUACACGCAAACACACACAUGCAUAGGUGCCAGCUCCAUCUCCUCCUCACAUAUUAGGAUCAGAAACAUGUAUAAACAGACUUUUCCACAUUCACACAUGUCAUCCAAAACAGCCCCUCCAUGCACAGCCUCACACAAGUGUAUACACACAGACCUGUGGUCUCAUCUGUGUGCAAGCGCUAUCAUGCUUGCAAGUGUUUGAGCGUAUUCUACAGAGGAGAUGGCACAGCCACAUGUGAGAGGGCUGUCCACUUGUGCAGCCUAUAGCCAUGUUUUGCCUUAACCUAGAAGAAAGUAUUCUUUGUGGUGUGUGGAAACAUGAGUGUAUAUGCCUUUCUGCCCCAUUGCCAUGUUGGAAUUACUGUGACCUCUCUCUCGUCCUCCCCACUCAACUGUCACUCCACGAUAGUAAAAUGGUACUCAGGAGAAUGGAUGAUUCUCUGAGCAGAGGUCAUGCUGGCAGGGUCACCGGUCUUCUGCAGGGCUGCACCUCCCCUACACCAUGCCCCUUUUCUCUCAGGCUGUUGGUUCUAAGUGUGAGAUGCCCAGUACAGUCUCCUCUCAAGCUCAGCUGAGUUCUUUGCUCCACAUCUUCUCAACAUCUGUUUCCUCUGGUCAAAUCCCUCCUUGGCUUAACUAAUCAGGUUACACUUUGCCCACCUUCUCUUCUCUCUCUUUCUCUCUUCGUUAUCAUCUCUAUAUCUUUCUUUGUGGAACUCAAUGUUUCUGUAAUUAUUCCUGGAUCAACUUAUUGAAUGCUUUCUUGUCUCUUCUAGUAGGGCUGUGCGAAGCUUAGGGUGGUGAUUUGAUUCAGAGGAGAUUCAGCCGGAUUCGGUGGCCGAAU